AAUGCCUCGGGUUCCCCGCUCCGCUGCUGGCAAUCUCCCGCGGUCCAAGCCCCGGUGCAGGUAGCUCCAGGUGACGCUUCCCUUGCACUACGAGACUCCACGGUGUGGUAGCGUCGGGGGGGAGUCUGGCCAGAGCAUUCCAGCUAUAAGCCCGGGGUUCCUGGGACAUCCCUAAACUAGAUCGGAGGCCACAUUUUUGUUUUGCACCGUCUUUUAACUCGGUAGUCGGAGCCCGCACUUGGAUUCCAACGUAUUGGACCCGUCUGCUGCGAGCCGGGCGCUGUGCUGCGUGCUAGCGUGCAAUCUUAGGAUCCAUGCUAAGCCUGCCACAAGCCUAGCAUCUCAGGUACCUCUCUGUAAAGUCAUCCAUCCAGAAGCCCACCAGUAUCUCGUGUACCAGAUGUACCUUUGGAAAAGCAUUAUUGAAGCAUAGACUUCAGCCAAGUGAGCCUUCCUCUAGCAUCUGAGCUCAACAUGUUUGAAGGUUUGCCAGGUUCUACUCGUGAAAAUGAAGACAGUCUUGUGAAAGUGAAGGCAGAAGAUUCCACCUGGGAGCAGGCCUAUCACUCACAGGAGAGCAGCACCCACACUCAGGAGUUUUGCCGUCUGCGCUUCCGGCAGUUUUGUUACCAAGAGGCUCCUGGACCCAGGGAAGCUCUGGCUCAUCUCCGAGAACUUUGUCACCAAUGGCUGAGACCAGAGAUGCACACCAAGGAGCAGAUCCUGGAGCUGCUGGUGCUGGAGCAGUUCCUGACCAUCCUACCCAAGGAACUGCAGGCCUGGGUACAGUUGGAUUGUGUGCAAAGCGGAGAAGAGGCAGUGACAGUGUUGGAGAACCUAGCCACAGGACAGGGACCUGUGGGACAGCAGGCAUCUUUCUACAUUCAGGGACAGGACAUGCACCUAGUGGUAGCAGAAUAUCAGGGAGCCUCUUUGGACUGUCAGAACCUCCAUAUCCUGCCUGGAGUCACCACCCUGACAUGUGAACAUCCACAGCUCCCCCAAGAAGUGAGUGGUGGAGUGCCAGAGGGGUUUGCUCCUCAGGGAACAACCUUUGCCCAGGAAGAAAGUUCCAGAGAUGAAACAACAUUGCCUGAGUUUAACCCACCCCAGGUCCAGAUGUCAGCACAGAGUGGAGAAGAAGCAUCCCAGGCUUUUGCCCCACAGGAGUGGCCACACCUGAGUUUGACUCAGAGAAACCUCUGUGGGAACUCAGCUCAGGAGAAGAUUGCCAACCUGAUGAAACAAGAUACUCCUGAAGAAAUGGAACAAGAUGGGAAGACCUUAGGAAGUCCCAGUAGAGAUUGUGCACCCCACCUACCUUGUAGUACUACUGAAAAGACAGUUUCAAAUUUGAACCCUUUGAAGGAUCGUCACCCUCCCCGUGACUCAUGGGCCCGGAUGCACAUUGCAUCCUUGCAAUAUGCAGCAGGAGACAUUACUCGAAAAGGGAGGAAAAAAGACAAAGCUCGAGUGAGUGAACUGCUUCAAGGCCUUGCAUUUUCUGAUGACUCAGAGGGAGAGGAAGAAAUUGAGCCUGAAUUGCAGCCUGUGCAGAAGAAGCUAAAGGUGUCAAGUGUCUCUGAGAAAAGUUGGACUAAAAGAGACCUAAAACCCAACUUUCCAAGUUGGUCAGCACUAGACUCUGGACUUUUGAACCUCAAGAGUGAAAAGUUGAAUCCAGUAGAACUCUUUGAAUUAUUUUUUGAUGAUGAAACAUUCAACUUGAUUGUCACUGAAACUAACAAUUAUGCUUCUCAGAGAAAUGUCAACUUGGAAGUCACAGUCCAGGAGAUGCGAUGUGUGUUUGGCGUCCUGCUUUGGAGUGGCUUUGUGAGGCGCCCUAGAAGGGGAAUGUAUUGGGAAAUUUCUGAUACUGACCAGAACCUGGUGAGGGAGGCAAUUAGAAGAGAUAGAUUUGAAUUGAUUUUCUCAUGUCUGCAUUUUGCAGAUAAUAGCCACCUAGAUCAGAAAGAUAAGUUUUCAAAAUUGAGGCCUCUCAUAAAACAAAUGAAUAAAAAUUUCCUCUUGUAUGCUCCCCUAGAAGAAUACUAUUGCUUUGACAAAUCAAUGUGUGAAUGCUUUGAUAGUGACCAAUUCCUGAAUGGAAAGCCUCUUCGAAUUGGCUACAAAAUUUGGUGUGGGACAACCACACAGGGUUAUCUGGUUUGGUUUGAACCCUAUCAAGAGGAAUCAACUAUGGAGACAGACAAGGAUCUUGACCUUGGGCUUGGUGGAAAUCUAGUCAUGAACUUUGCUGAUGUUCUUUUAGAGAGAGGUCAAUAUCCCUAUCAUCUGUGUUUUGAUAGCUUCUUUACCAGUGUCAAAUUGAUGUCAGCUUUGAAAAGGAAGGGAGUAAGGGCUACUGGAUCAAUUCGUGAGAACAGGACUGAAAAAUGUCCCCUUAUGAAUGCAGACAAUAUGAAAAAAAUGAAGAAGGGGUACUUUGAUUUCCAAGUGGAAGAAAGUGAUGAGAUAAUUCUGUGUCGUUGGCACGGUGAUAGCAUUAUCAGUUUGUGCUCAAAUGCUGUAGGCAUAGAACCAGUCAGUGAGAUAAGUUGUUUUGCUGAUGGCAAAGAGCUCCCUCAGGUAAGUCAACCAUCCAUAGUGAAAUUGUAUGAGGAAUGCAGAAAAGGUGUAGGUAAAAUGGAUCAAAUUAUUUCCAAGUAUAGAGUAAGAUUGAGAAGCAAGAAAUGGUAUUCAAUUUUGGUGAGCUAUAUGGUUGAUGUUGCCAUGAACAAUGCAUGGCAGCUGCAUAGAAUCUGUAACCCAGGCUCCUCUCUGGACCUCUUGGAUUUUCGGAGAUGUGUUGCACAUUUCUACUUGGGACACAAUGCUAAUAUGUCAGAUUAAGAGAAAAGAAAAUAGAGCUAGGAAUAUAGCCUAGUGGUAAAGUGCUCGCCUCAUAUACAUGACGCCCAGGGUUCGUUUUCUCAGCACCACAUAUAUAGAUAAAAGCCGGA